GUCGCCUUGAAUGUAUCCAAAUAUGUAAUUAAAUUCAAAAUUAUCGGUUGCUUUUUUGUUUUUAAUUUUGAUUUUGUGAAUUUUCAUUUUAUAUUGACAGCUUUUUCUUUAAUUUUUGUUUGUAAAUUAAUGUCUGAAUAUUAUUAAACAAAAAAGGUAAUUCGUUACUGAGAGAUAACUCAUUACAAAAUGCCACGGACGAAGCGACCGGUUAAGAAACAAGAGAAAUCAGCUGAAGAAAACGAAGCGUUGAAAAAAUUUAAUAAAUUAGUAAUUGACCGAAAGAACAAAAUAGACAACCGCGUGAACUUGGAAUUGAAGACAUUGGACAUAGCGUUCAAAAUACUGUUGGGUUCUAUUAAGUCCACAUACUUGAACAAGACUGUUGGGCAAUUGAAAUCUGAACUUUUCCUGAAUGAAGUGGCAAAUACGAGGAGAACCAGACACUCUGGAUGCUCGGCUUCACAUGACGAUGGCUACCUCACUGAGAACUCGUCGCAGGGCUCCGGUGACAAAGGCAAGAAGUUUGUGGCGCCCUCUGUGUCGUCCGGGCGACGGUCGCGGUCAGCGGACGCGUCGUGCCGCAAGCCGCCGACCGCCAGCAAGACCAUCCAACGGCGCCGCAGCCGCUCCGUGUACCGAACGCCCGCGUACAAUAAAAAUGCUCCCGUCAACUUUCCUGCCAUCACGCCCAAGGUGACGCCGUACACGCCGCUGACGGUGCUGCGGCAGCCGCGGCAGGGCGAGAUGGUUGUGUCCAUGUCGGGGUCGCCCGUCAUGGUGCCCACAUGCUACACAAUGCAACCAGAUGAAAAGGCCAACUGCAAUAUCCUGCUACAAGACGGUACCAUGCUGUCGCUGCAGCCGAAGCAGCUGCGACAGUCACAAGCGUAUAUACCCUUCUCGCUUAUGGACGCCAAAGUGCUCAACCAACUGAAAACGUUGAAGGACAAUCUGGACAAAGUGGUGAAACUGGGCGAGAAGGCUAUAAAAUAGGUUUAAUGAAAAUGAGUUUUAUUAAUAUGUGUAUAAAGUCGUAAUUCGUAUGUCUGUAUUUGGCGCAAUUGGUGACAAUCUUGCUAUGUCUUUUUCUAAAUUACCCCCCUUAUUCAUAAAAAAAUGUAUAGAUUUCUUUUAAAAUUUUUUUUUCUUAAUUUAUUAAUUUCAAACAACUUAGGUCCAUAUUUUGUUAGUAGGUGUAGUUAGACUAUGGUAAUAAUUAAUAAUGAUUUAGUUUUAGUUUAAUUCAGGUGUUUCUCAACCGUUUUUGUGCCGUGCCCCACUUGAACAUUUCUAAAAUUUUUAUGUCCCCAUACAUAAUUUUUCCCGACAAAGUUUACUUGACGACUCUAAUCGCCCAGUUGAUAUUUUGGUAACGUCAAAAGAAAUUAUACCUAAUAAAUAUUUACAGCAUU